UCGCCUCAGGAAAGAGCCUGCCCACCCUCCUUGCCUCACAUUGAUUCCUUCACAUUUGAAACCUUGGGAUUAUUAUUGUUAUUAUCCACAACACCCCUCCUCCCUUCAGGCGGGGCGGAUCCUGGGCUCUCCUCUUUUCGUACCUAAUCAGAGGAAAAUUUUGGAUGAAGAAACCCUUGGAAAGGGAAUGGGCAUCAUUCUCAUGAAGCUGACAACUGCAAUUCAAGUAAUAAUAUAAAGGAUCAAAGGGAUCUUUCAGAAACCAGCAAAGAUGAAUAUGGUAAAAAGGAUAAUGGGUCGACCUCGGCAGGAGGAAUGUAGUCCUCAAGAUAAUGCUCUAGGACUGAUGCACUUGCGUCGACUCUUCACAGAACUGUGUCAUCCUCCUCGGCAUAUGACCCAGAAAGAACAGGAAGAGAAACUGUACAUGAUGCUACCUGUUUUUAAUAGGGUAUUUGGAAAUGCUCCUCCAAGUACAAUGAUGGAAAAAUUCUCAGAUCUCCUGCAGUUUACAACACAAGUAUCACGAUUAAUGGUGACGGAAAUUCGGCGAAGAGCCUCCAACAAGUCUACAGAAGCUGCAAGUCGUGCCAUAGUCCAGUUCCUGGAGAUCAAUCAAAGUGAAGAAACCAGUAGAGGUUGGAUGUUGCUUACUACAAUUAACUUGCUAGCUUCAUCUGGACAGAAAACAGUGGACUGCAUGACAACAAUGUCAGUGCCUUCCACACUUGUGAAGUGUCUCUAUCUGUUUUUUGACCUUCCACAUGUGCCUGAGGCGGCUGGAGGAGCCCAGAAUGAGCUGCCUCUAGCAGAACGGAGAGCUCUGCUGCAGAAAGUGUUUGUGCAGAUCCUAGUGAAAUUGUGCAGCUUUGUGUCCCCGGCAGAAGAGCUUGCCCAGAAAGAUGAUCUUCAGCUUCUUUUCAGUGCAAUAACCUCAUGGUGCCCUCCCUAUAACCUGCCUUGGAGGAAGAGUGCGGGGGAAGUACUAAUGACCAUAUCACGUCAUGGCCUUAGUGUCAAUGUAGUGAAAUACAUUCACGAAAAAGAAUGCCUGUCAACAUGUAUUCAGAACAUGCAGCAAUCCGAUGACCUUUCUCCCUUAGAAAUAGUUGAGAUGUUUGCUGGUCUUUCUUGCUUCCUCAAAGAUUCCAGUGAUGUCUCUCAAACACUUUUAGAUGAUUUUAGGAUAUGGCAAGGAUAUAACUUCCUCUUUGAUCUCUUACUCAGGUUAGAACAAGCAAAAGAGGCAGAAUCUAAGGAUGCUUUGAAGGACCUGGUUAAUCUAAUAACCUCAUUAGCAACAUACGGUGUCAAUGAAUUAAAACCAGCUGGUGUUACUACAGGGGCACCUUUUCUGUUGCCUGGAUUUGCUGUCCCACAGCCUGCUGGCAAAGGUCACAAUGUGAGGAAUAUCCAAGCCUUCUCUGUCCUACAGAAUGCUUUUCUGAAAGCAAAAACCAGCUACCUUGCACAAAUUAUCCUUGAUGCCAUCUUAAAUAUAUACAUUGCAGACAAUGCCAACUAUUUCAUCCUGGAAUCUCAACACACUUUGUCUCAGUUUGCAGAAAAAAUUUCCAAACUUCCAGAAGUACAGGCCAAAUAUUUUGAGAUACUUGAAUUUGUCAUCUUUAGCUUGAAUUACAUACCUUGCAAAGAACUCAUUAGUGUCAGUAUCCUCUUAAAAUCCAGCACUUCUUAUCCUUGUAGCAUCAUUGCAAUGAAGACUCUGCUUAAGUUUACGCGGCAUGACUACAUUUUCAAGGAUGUCUUCAGGGAGGUGGGACUUCUAGAGGUGAUGGUGAACCUUUUACAUAAAUAUGCAGCUCUUUUGAAAGAUCCUGCCCAGACUCUGAAUGAUCAAGGGGACUCAAGAAACAACAGUAUAUUUGAAGACCAAAAGCAACUUGCUUUACUGGUCAUGGAGACCUUGACAGUACUGCUCCAAGGAUCAAACACAAAUGCAGGUGUCUUCAGGGAAUUUGGUGGAGCGAGAUGUGUACAUAACAUUGUAAAAUAUCCACAAUGCAGACAACAAGCACUGAUGAUAAUCCAGCAAUUGGUGUUAUCAUCAAGUGGCGAUGAUGAUAUGGGCACUCUCUUAGGAUUAAUGCAUUCAGCUCCACCUACAGAGUUGCAGCUGAAAACUGAUAUACUAAGGGCCUUGCUGUCAGUACUGAAAGAGAGUCAUCGCACGAGAACAGUAUUCAGAAAAGUUGGUGGAUUUGUAUAUGUCACAUCAUUACUUGUUGCCAUGGAAAGAUCCUUAUGUUCGCCUCCUAAGAAUGGCUGGGAGAAGGUAAACCAAAACCAAGUGUUUGAGCUGGUUCACACUGUGCUAUGCACCUUGACUGCAGCAAUGCGCUAUGAGCCAGCCAACUCACACUUCUUCAGAACAGAAAUCCAAUAUGAAAAGCUGGCUGAUGCUGUGAGGUUACUUGGCUGCUUCUCAGACUCCAGGAAAAUAAGCCCUUUUACCAUCUUUCCCUCAAAUACCCAGCCAUUUCAAAGACUCUUGGAAGAUGACCUCAUCUCCAUGGAUUCAGUUUCUCCCAUUUUAAGGCAUUGCAGCAAGCUCUUUAUUUACUUCUACAAAGUAGCUACGGAUUCUUUUGACAGUCGUGCUGAACAGAUUCCUCCUUGCCUGUCCAAUGAGUCUUCUCUCCCCUCCCCUUGGGGCACACCAGCUUUGCCCAGGAAAAGGCAUGCAUAUCAUUCUACUUCAACUCCACCAGUAUUCCCUUCCAAAAAUUCUGCUGAUUUGAAGAUGCACAAAGGAUCUGUUCCUCUGCAAAAUUCAGAUGCUGUCAUCAUCCAUCCUGGAGCCAUGCUUUGCAUGUUGGACUUGGUAGUCUCUGUUGGCUCAAAUUCACAGCCUGAACAUGCACUUGAUCUCCAGCUUGCAGUGGCCAACAUCUUGCAAUCCCUAGUGCAUUCAGAAAGGAAUCAACAAGUCAUGUGUGAAGCUGGACUCCAUGCACGGCUUUUGCAGCGAUGCAGUGCUGCUCUUGCUGAUGAGGACCAUUCCUUACACCCUCCACUCCAAAGGAUGUUUGAAAGGCUGGCCUCUCAGGCAUUGGAACCCAUGGUGCUUAGGGAGUUUUUACGUUUGGGGAAUCCAUUGAAUUGUGGAGCCUGGGACAAAAAACUGUUGAAACGAUACCGUGUGCACAAGCCAAGUUCACUCAGUUAUGAGCCAGAGAUGAGAAAUAGUAUGAUUACAUCAAUGGAAGGCCUGGGUACUGAUUGUGUGUUCAGCUUACAUGAAGACAACCACUACAGGAUAAGUAAAAGCCUUUUAAAACCAGCAGAAGGAAGUACCGUACCCCUGACAAGGGUGAAAUGUUUAGUUUCCAUGACAACCCCGCAUGAUAUUAGACUUCAUGGAUCAUCUGUUACUCCGGCAUUUAUUGAAUUUGACACAUCACUUGAAGGUUUUGGCUGUUUAUUCUUACCAAGUUUGGCGCCACACAAUGCACCUACCAACAAUGUAGUUACAACAGGUCUUAUUGAUGGCACUGUAGUCAGUGGAAUUGGAACUGGAGAAAGGCUUUUCCCACCACCAUCUGGUCUGAGUUAUUCAAGUUGGUUUUGUGUUGAACAUUUUAGUACAGCCCCAAGUUACCAUCCAGUCAGGCUCCUUACUGUUGUAAGACGAGCAAACAGUUCUGAACAGCAUUAUAUAUGCCUAGCUAUAGUCCUUUCUGUAAAAGACCGGUCAUUGAUUGUUUCAACAAAAGAAGAGCUUCUUCAAAACUAUGUUGAUGACUUUGGUGAAGAAUCUUCUUGCUAUGAGAUCCUCCCUUGCUGUGCUCGUUUUCGUUGUGGUGAUCAUAUAGUAGAAGGCCAGUGGCAUCAUAUGGUUCUGGUGAUGAGCAAGGGCAUGCUGAAAAACAGCACUGCUGCACUCUACAUUGAUGGGCAACUUAUUAAUACUGUAAAACUUCACUAUAUUCACAGUAGUCCUGGUGGUUCAAGUUGUGCUAACCCACCAGUAGUCAGUACAGUUUAUGCCUAUAUAGGCACACCACCCGCCCAGCGCCAGCUCUCGUCACUCAUUUGGCGUUUGGGGCCAACUCAUUUCUUAGAAGAUGUCUUGCCCCCAUCAAGUGUUAGCACAGUUUAUGAACUGGGACCAAACUAUGUGGGAAGCUUCCAAGCAGUAUACAUGCCAUGUAAAGAUUCCAAACCAGAAGGUAUCAGUCCAUCUCCAAUAUCAUUGCUACCAGAGGAGAAAGUGUCUUUUGGUCUCUAUGCACUAUCUGUUUCCUCACUGACAGUGGCAAGGAUUAGAAAAGUUUAUAACAAAUUGGACAGUAAAGCGAUAGCCAAGCAGUUGGUUGUUUCAUCUCAUGAGAACGCCACUCCAGUGAAACUGCUCCACAAUUCAGGAGGGCAUCUGAAUGGACCUGCACGUACAAUUGGUGCAGCUCUGAUAGGAUAUUUGGGUGUAAGAACUUUUGUCCCUAAGCCUGUUGCCACUACAUUGCAGUAUAUUGGUGGAGCUGCUGCCAUUCUUGGCCUGGUAGCCAUGGCAUCAGAUGUAGAGGGGCUUUAUGCUGCUGUGAAGGCUCUUGUGUGUGUGGUAAAGAGCAACCCUCUGGCUAGCAAAGAAAUGGAAAGAAUCAAAGGUUACCAGUUAUUGGCAAUGCUUUUAAAGAAGAAGCGCUCUCUUCUGAACAGCCACAUUCUCCACCUGACCUUUUCCUUGGUGGGGACUGUUGACAGCGGGCAUGAAACAUCAAUUAUUCCAAAUUCAACUGCCUUCCAGGACCUACUUUGUGACUUUGAGGUAUGGCUUCAUGCACCUUACGAACUUCAUCUUUCAUUAUUUGAACAUUUCAUUGAACUUCUUACUGAAUCCAGUGAGGCAGCAAAGAAUGCAAAAUUGAUGAGGGAGUUCCAGCUAAUCCCGAAACUGUUGCUGACUCUACGCGAUAUGUCUUUGUCUCAACCAACAAUUGCUGCUAUUAGCAAUGUACUGAGCUAUUUGCUUCAAGGAUUCCCCAGCAGCAACGAUCUACUCAGGUUUGGACAGUUCAUCUCUUCUACUUUGCCUACAUUUGCAGUCUGUGAGAAAUUUGUAGUCAUGGAGAUGAUCAGUGAAGAAAAGCUUGAUACUGGAACAGAGGAGGAUUUUGGAGGGCUUGUUUCUGCAAAUCUCAUUCUUCUGAGAAACCGAUUGCUGGACAUCUUGCUUAAGCUUAUAUACACAUCUAAAGAAAAGACAAGUGUCAAUUUGCAAUCCUGUGAAGAACUGGUUCGGACCCUGGGCUUUGACUGGGUUAUGCUUUUUAUGGAAGAGCACUUGCACCCAACCACAGUGACUGCUGCCAUGAGGAUUCUGGUGGUCCUGCUAAGCAAUCCAUCUAUUCUCAUCAAGUUCAAGGAAGGCCUCACUGGUGGAGGCUGGCUUGAGCAAACAGAUUCUGUAUUGACUAAUAAGAUUGGAACAGUGCUUGGUUUUAAUGUUGGCAGGAGUGCUGGUGGCAGAUCAACUGUCAGGGAAAUUAACCGGGAUGCUUGUCAUUUCUUGGGCUUUCCAGUUCUUCAGUCAUUUCUUCCUAAGCACACAAAUGUACCUGCACUCUAUUUUCUUCUUAUGGCACUUUUCCUGCAGCAGCCAGUCACUGAACUGCCUGAAAACCUGCAGGUCAGUGCACCUGUCAUCACCAGCCGAUGUAAUCAGGGUGGCCAGUUUGACUUAGACUCCAUUUGGACAUUUAUAUUUGGUGUUCCUGCAUCAAGUGGCACUGUGGUUGCUUCAGUUCACAGUGUCUGUACAGAAGCUGCCUUUUUAUUGCUGGGAAUGCUCAGGACCAUGUUGAAUUCACCUUGGCAGUCAGAGGAAGAGGGUUCUUGGCUUCGUGAAUAUCCAGUUACCCUGAUGCAAUUCUUUCGUUACUUGUAUCACAAUGUUCCUGAUUUGGCUUCAAUGUGGAUGAGCCCAGAGUUUCUUUGUGCCCUGGCAGCCUCUGUAUUUCCUUUCAACAUCCGGCCAUACUCAGAAAUGGUUACUGAUUUGGAUGACGAAGCUGGGUCCCCAGCAGAAGAAUUUAAAGCAUUUGUCUCUGACACAGGCAUGAACCGUAGCCAGUCAGAAUACUGCAAUGUUGGAUCCAAAACCUAUUUGACAAGCCACCCUGCUAAGAAGUUUGUGUUUGACUUCAUGCGUGUGCUGAUAAUUGAUAAUCUUUGUCUCACACCAGCUAGCAAGCAAACCCCUUUAAUAGACCUUCUCCUGGAGGCUGCUCCAGAAAGAUCAACAAGGGCACAGCAAAAAGAAUUUCAGACCCACAUUUUGGACAGUGUUAUGGAUCAUUUGCUAGCUGCUGAUGUGUUACUGGGUGAGGAUGCAUCUCUGCCUAUUACUAGUGGAGGAAGUUACCAUGUGCUUGUAAACAACGUGUUCUACUUCACACAGCGUGUGGUGGAUAAACUUUGGCAAGGCAUGUUCAAUAAGGAACCUAGGCUGGUUAUUGAAUUCAUAAUCCAGUUAAUUGCACAGGGGAAAAGUAGAUCUCAGGGCCUUUCACUGGAUGCCAUUUAUCAUUGCCUGAACCGGACCAUCUUAUAUCAGUUUUCAAGGCCACACAAAACAGUUCCUCAGCAAGUUGCUCUCCUGGAUUCUCUUAGGAUGCUUACUGUCAGUCGAAAUCUGAUUCUGGGACCUGGCAAUCAUGACCAAGAGUUCAUCAGUUGUUUGGCUCAUUGCUUGAUUAAUCUGAAUGCAGGAAGCAGUGUAGAUGGUUUUGGCCUGGAAGCAGAGGCAAGAAUGACUACUUGGCACAUCACAAUUCCUUCUGAUGUCGAGCCAGAUGGAGUAUACAAUCAAGAUGUUAGUGAAGGUCGCCAACUUCUUCUAAAAGCAGUAAAUCGUGUCUGGACAGAACUGAUCUAUAGCAAGAAACAGGUUUUGGAGGAGGCAUUCAAAGUAGCUCUCCCUGUCAAUGAGAGGGGCCAUGUGGACAUUGCCAUGGCAAAGCCUCUUAUUGAAGAGGCCAGUUUAAAAUGUUGGCAGAAUCACUUGGCUCAUGAAAAGAAAUGCAUCAGUAGAGGGGAAGCCUUGGUUCCAGCAACCCAAUCAAAGCUUUCACGGGUCAGCAGUGGCUUCGGUCUUUCAAAGUUAACUGGAUCAAGAAGAAACAGAAAAGAAAGUGGACUUAACAAACACAAUCCAUCCACACAGGAGAUCUCUCAGUGGAUGUUUACACAUGUAGCGGUGGUUCGAGACUUGGUAGACAUGCAGUAUAAAGAAUACCAAGAGCGUCAGCAAAAUGCACUGAAGUAUGUGACAGAAGAGUGGUCUCAAAUUGAAUAUGAAUUGUUGCGGGAGAGAGGACUGUGGGGGCCUCCCAUUGGCUCUCAUCUGGACAAAUGGAUGCUGGAGAUGACAGAAGGGCCCUGUCGCAUGAGGAAGAAGAUGGUGCGAAACGAUAUGUUUUAUACUCAGUAUCCUUACAUACCAGAUACUGAACAUGAGACAAAUAUCCUGUCUGACUUCUCAAGUAAGGCUCCUGAGACAUCUGAUGAUACCAUUCCUCAAAAGAAACCUGCACGCUACCGAAGAGCUGUAAGCUAUGAUAGCAAAGAAUACUACAUGCGCCUCGCUUCUGGAAAUCCUGCUGUCUUUCAAGAUACCAUUGUAGAGAGUUCUGAAGGAGAAACUGCUCAUCAGGAGCCAGAACAUGGUGAAGAUACUAUCGCAAGAGUUAAAGGUCUUGUUAAACCGCCCCUGAAACGAUCUCGCUCUGCUCCUGAUGGUGGUGAUGAGGAAAAUCAAGAACAGUUGCAGGAUCAAAUAGCCGAAAGCAGCUCUAUAGAUGAAGAGGAGAAAACCGAUAACACAACCCUCCUACGACUGCUUGAAGAAGGCGAGAAGAUUCAACACAUGUACCGCUGUGCUCGGGUUCAAGGCCUAGAUACCAGCGAGGGGCUGCUGCUGUUUGGUAAAGAGCAUUUUUAUGUGAUUGAUGGAUUUACCAUGACUGCAACCCGAGAAAUACGGGAUAUUGAGACCCUACCUCCAAACAUGCAUGAGCCAAUUAUACCUAGAGGAGCACGGCAGGGUCCAAGUCAACUCAAACGAACAUGUAGCAUUUUUGCUUAUGAGGAUAUCAAAGAGGUGCAUAAAAGAAGAUAUCUGUUGCAGCCAAUUGCUGUGGAAGUCUUCUCAGGAGAUGGACGCAACUACCUUCUUGCUUUUCAGAAAGGAAUUAGAAAUAAAGUCUACCAGAGGUUUCUUGCUGUAGUUCCAUCUUUAACUGACAGCUCGGAGUCUGUAUCUGGACAGCGACCAAACACCAGUGUAGAACAAGGGUCUGGAUUGCUGAGCACCUUGGUAGGGGAGAAAUCUGUGACACAAAGGUGGGAGAGAGGUGAAAUCAGUAAUUUCCAGUACCUGAUGCACUUGAAUACUCUGGCUGGUCGAUCCUAUAAUGACCUUAUGCAGUAUCCCGUUUUCCCAUGGAUCCUUGCAGACUACGAUUCAGAGGAAUUGGAUCUUAGUAAUCCGAAAACGUUUAGGAACUUGGCCAAGCCAAUGGGAGCACAGACCGAUGAGAGAUUAGCUCAGUAUAAGAAGCGCUACAAAGACUGGGAAGAUCCUAAUGGUGAAACUCCGGCUUAUCAUUAUGGAACCCACUACUCUUCUGCAAUGAUAGUGGCUUCAUAUCUUGUACGAAUGGAGCCCUUCACACAAAUAUUUUUAAGGCUUCAGGGGGGCCACUUCGACUUAGCGGACAGAAUGUUUCACAGUGUGCGGGAAGCCUGGUAUUCUGCAUCCAAGCACAACAUGGCAGACGUCAAGGAGCUCAUCCCAGAAUUUUUCUAUCUCCCAGAGUUCUUACUCAAUUCCAACAACUUUGAUCUAGGCUGCAAACAGAAUGGCACCAAACUUGGGGAUGUAAUACUUCCUCCAUGGGCUAAAGGUGAUCCUCGUGAAUUUAUCAGAGUUCAUAGAGAGGCUUUGGAGUGUGAUUUUGUAAGUGCACACCUACAUGAGUGGAUUGACCUAAUCUUUGGCUAUAAACAGCAAGGGCCUCCUGCAGUAGAAGCUGUUAAUGUCUUCCAUCAUCUCUUCUAUGAGGGUCAAGUUGAUAUAUACAACAUCAAUGAUCCAUUAAAAGAAACAGCUACCAUAGGAUUCAUUAAUAACUUUGGGCAGAUACCCAAACAGUUGUUUAAGAAACCUCAUCCACCAAAGCGAGUGAGAAGCCGAAUUAAUGGAGAAAUUGGUGGAAUUUCUGUCCCACCAGGUUCUUCCAGUGAUAAGAUCUUUUUCCAUCAUUUAGACAACCUCAGGCCUUCUCUUGCACCAGUAAAAGAGCUCAAGGAGCGUGUAGGGCAAAUAGUAUGCACAGACAAAGGAAUUUUGGCAGUGGAACUGAAUAAAGUGCUAAUUCCUCCAGCCUGGAAUAAAACAUUUGCGUGGGGUUAUGCAGAUCUGAGCUGCAGGCUGGGAGUUUAUGAGUCAGACAAGGCUGUGGUUGUUUAUGAGUGCUUAUCAGAGUGGGGACAGGUCCUCUGUGCCAUCUGUCCAAGUCCCAAGCUUGUCAUCACUGGAGGCACCAGCACAGUUGUCUGCGUAUGGGAGAUGGGCACUUCCAAGGAAAAAGCCAAAACACUCACCCUUAAACAGGCACUGCUUGGCCACACGGAGGGGGUCACGUGCUUGACAGCCUCACUGGCCUAUCAUAUCAUCGUGAGUGGGUCUCGUGACCGCACCUGCAUAAUCUGGGAUUUGAAUAAACUCUCCUUUUUAACUCAACUUCGAGGUCACAGAGCCCCCGUCUCAGCACUCUGCAUUAAUGAACUGACGGGAGACAUUGUAUCUUGUGCCGGCACUUACAUCCACGUGUGGAGCAUUAACGGGAACCCUAUUGUCAGCGUGAACACUUUCACUGGGCGCAGCCAGCAGAUCCUCUGUUGUUGCAUGUCCGAGAUGAAUGAGUGGGAUACUCAGAAUGUCAUUGUGACCGGACAUUCUGACGGAGUGGUCCGGUUCUGGCGGAUGGAAUUCCUGCAAGUCCCAGAAACUCCAGCUCCUGAACCCGUGGAAACCAUUGAGAUGCAAGAAGAGUGUCUGGAAGCACAAAUAGGGCAGGAAGUGCCGGAUGAGGAAAGCAGUGAUUCCGAAGCAGAAGAUCCAGGCCUGAGCCAAGAGGCAAAGCUGCCGGACAGCAGGGUUCAGCCCAGCAUUUCCAAUCCCCGUCCCCGGUCAUCCUCAAGCCGUGCAGCAGCUGCGUGGUCAGCAGAUAGCAGCUCUGACGACUCAAGGCGUUGGUCUGAUCAGCUCAGCCUGGAUGAGAAGGAUGGCUUCAUCUUUGUAAACUACUCUGAAGGGCAGGCAAAGGGAUAUCCCCACACUCAAGCUAACCACCCUCAUCCUAACCCAGGAGAAGUGCGACAUUUUAGCAAACUCAAGCCAGGCUACAGGUGGGAGCGGCAGCUGGUAUUCAGGAGCAAACUAACUAUGCACACCGCCUUCGAUCGCAAGGACAACACGCAUCCUGCAGAGAUCACAGCAUUAGGCAUCUCCAAGGAUCACAGCAGGAUUCUAGUCGGGGACAGCAGAGGCAGAGUGUUUAGCUGGUCAGUGAGUGACCAACCGGGCCGCUCUGCUGCUGACCACUGGGUGAAAGAUGAAGGAGGGGACAGUUGCUCUAGCUGCUCAGUCCGGUUCUCUCUGACGGAAAGGCGCCACCACUGCAGGAACUGUGGGCAACUCUUCUGUCAGAAAUGCAGUCGCUUUCAGUCUGAAAUCAAGCGCUUGAAAAUUUCCUCUCCAGUACGGGUUUGCCAGAACUGUUACUACAACCUGCAGCAUGAGCGAGGCCCUGAGGAAGGAUCCUGGAAUUAGCAGGGCAGAGGGAAACCAGGCUUUGCACUGUAGGACGCAAAGGACUCCAUGAAUUAUAGGAACUUGCAGCACAUUUGGAAGGGGCUGGAUUGCCAGCCCUUGAACAUUUCCUGAUUGUACUGUGCAGUUAAAAGCACUGCAGGCAAAAAAAGGGAUCAUUAAUUAUUUUGCGUGUACAUUUGCAGGGCAGGAGCUGAAAACAGUCACGUUAUCCGUGAUCCUUAGGCGGGAGAGGAGCAGCAGUCGCAGCAACUACAGCAAGACCCCUCAAGGCCCAGCCUCCUGCCAGGAAGAGAAUCCAUCAUUAACCAUCUCUUGUUCAGUCUUGGUUUUGUAGAAGUAGUCACCUUAAUUUCUGUUGCAGGACGCAGGAGGCUUUUUAGAAGAUAGUUGUAAAUCUGCCUUCUUCGCAAGCAAACUGUGGAUAUUGUAAAUAGAUAUAAUGGCCUUUUUAUUGAAAUACAAACUGAACUGCCUGUUACAUGGGACUUCAAACCAACCACUAUAUUUUGCAUCUCAUCUUUAGCUCAUCUGUGUCUACUUCAACAUGAAUGUUGUUGUGUUUUUUUUUAAAAAAAAAAAACAUCAAGAGGCAUUAUCUGUAUUUCUUUUUCUUUACAGUCCAGGCUGCAUGUUUGUUCUUUCAGUUAUGUAAACAUUAUCUUAACUUAAACCGAGCUAUUUAGGACAAGUCGUUAAAAAUGGGGAAGAGGGAAAAACACAAUCCAUUUCUUUGGGGCAAUAGGAUAUGGAAUAUUUUAUUUAAAUUAUAAGACAACAAGGAACAUAUUUUUGUUGCAUUUUCUAAAAUACAGCAGCUAUGUAAAACCUGACAUUUCAUAUUAGGUCUCUUUUUUUAUACCGUGGACCAGCUACUUCCCUUGUUUUUAAGGUAAUGCAGAUACCAGGUUUUAUUUGCAGGUAAAUCACUUGCAUGUAAGUUAAAGUUCCUUUCAUUUUCCCGAAAAAUACAGAAAAAUUAUUUUUCUCUUGGGUAUUUCGUACAAAAUAGAAAUACUUGGUCUUACAACUGGAGAAGGCUACUGUUAGUUCCAAUCCAAUAAGAGAUUUCUUUUGCAUAGGCCCCAUUGAAGUGAAUGGGAGCCACAAAACCAUUGUCCAUCUUUCAACCAGAACGGUGAGGCAUCUUCUUUCCUCCUGGAAGUUUUAUUUUUUUCACCCACAACAAUAUGCAUUUUCUCUAAAUGGAAAAUGGGAUGAAUUGUCAUCAAGAGGUUAGUUGUCUAUGCAGAUUCAUUGCUUUUUAACAGUGGAAAAGGUCAAAAAUUAAGAGAAACCCAAAUCUUGGCACAUCAUGAAAUGAAAUGGAAUGUGGCACAACAUACCUUUAUUGUAAUCAUAUUUCAACCAGUAUAAAUGUAAAAAAAAAUGGAGUAGCUUGAAAAGACUAAAUGGGAACACAAGCGCACGCACACUCCACCAGUUGUUAUUUUGUACUUUCUUUUAGCAAUGUUUCUCUCCCUAAAUAUCCCUGGUGAAGGAAACUUAAUAUACAGUGAUUUGGUGGUUUUAAUAAUGUUUACUUGUAAGACGAUAAACUGCCAGGAUUGAAUCAAAAUGGUGAUUGGGUAUUUGCACUUCAAAUCUCCCAAAGAGUGAUUCCACAUGAAUCCAUGUGAGCUUUUAAAAAUUUCUCGCAGAACUGGCCUAGCAGCAGUUUUGCUUUGUCCGCAUAGAUUUGCUUUGAUACUUUCAAAGAAAAUUAAGGAGGCUUUUUUUAGCCUGCUCAGUACUUUAUAACAAACAGGAUGUCAAGCCACUUAAGAGCAUUUACUAGAACCAAUUGGACUAAAUUAACUUUGAGCAAUUUGUAGCCUUUCCAGGUGGCUGUUGGAUUCCAUCUCUCAUCUGCGCUAUGGCCAAUGGGUAGUUAGGAAUGAUGGGAGCUCACUCAUUUCAUCUGAAGGGCUGCUGGUUAUCCUUACCUGUCUUUCAUAGUCAUAAGCACAGGUAGGCUUAAGUGGCUUAUUGAACUCCGCCUAAUAACACUUGUUUUCAAAUGCUAAAAUUAGUCUACAAAGAGUUUUGUCGAUUUCCUUACAAGCACUUUCAUUCUCAAAAUUUUGAUUUGUCCAAGGAAGUUAAACUCGGAGUAAUUUAAAACAAAAGAACCUAACCUGACAUCUGUCUUUUUAACUGGAGAAGGAUUUGGGUAUUUCCAAAUCGUAACCAAUUCCUCCAUAUAAGAUUCUAAGCACUGGAUAGCACUAACACUCCAGAUAGAACUAAUGCUGGGCCAUUAGAAAAAACACAGGAUGUGUAGCAAUGUUUACUAUGUUCCUUUUUUAAAAAAGAGAAAAUGUGUUUAACUACAUUAAACAUGUUGUACCAGUGUUAUUCUACACUUUUUACAUUCGGCACUCUUCUCGGACAGAAGGUAACCAAGUCUUCUUUGUGGCUCUUGUGUGUAAGUGUAUUGCAAGUUGAGUAUAUACUGAAUGCCUCAGCUGCUUGGGGGAGGAGGAGUUCUUCCUGAGUCUAUUCGUGAAUUUGGGAGGGAAUGUACAUCCUGUUGACAGGGAGGGGUGAAUUGGAGGCUCGGCUGUACUAAAGAUACCGGUGUUUUUUAGCUUUUGUUCAUUUCAAUGCCACCUUCCCACAGGUUUUGUUGGAAGGGAUGCUGAGUGAUACACUUUGUGUGUAGUCACAUCCUUAGUACAAGCAACCUUUGCAUUUUGCUGGCAACUGCUACUGUGAUCUAAACCACUUUUUCUAACAUAGACUUCUCGCUCUGUUCUGGGCUUGGCAGCUCAGUGGCUCUAUUUUCCCAAAUAGUAAUUUUGUGUUCACAUCUGAACUUUUUGAUGAGCAGAAUCAACACACGGGGAUGGGGGGUGGGGUUGCACUGUCAAGUAGCUCUCCUCCUGCCUUGUUCUUCAGUGUAAUUCUUCCUGGCCCCUCUCCAUGCACUCUACACUUUGUUUGUAAUGUUCAGCUGAAGUGUUCAAGCUUAGAAAGGUGCCAGCGGCUGCCUCCACCCUUCACCCAUCUGUCCAACCUCAAAAAUAAAAUUAAUUAAAAAAAUACUUUAGACACCAUUAUUUUGCACUUUCUUAUGUAUAAAAAUCCGUAGAAUCUUAUUUUUUUGCUUUGUAUCAUUUAAGACUCUCCUUUUUGUUUUGGUAUAUGAGCUGUGUAUAAAAAUAUUUAUGCAGUAAAAACUGUUUUUAGAAAAUAUUUUAAUUUCAGCAAGUUUGGUUACUUGUUGCAUGACUUAACACAACUGACUUUUUGUGUCAGUACAAUGUAUAUUUUUGUCCAGUUAUUAAUUUGUAAACCCAAGGGUAAAUGGCCAUUUAUUUGUACAGCAACAGGAGUAAAUUGAAGAUAACUGGCUAUAACUGGAGGGGGUGGCGUUUUGUACUAUAUUGCAGAAUCCAGUAUCUGUUUUUUGGUGGUUAUGUAAAAGGCCUGAAGAAUUACUAUCUAGUGUGCGAUCUGUGAUAUCUGAAUGUUUUAUUGUAUAUUCGUCUCCAAUGCAAAAAGGUAGAGUAACACAAUUACAAUACAUGAUUAAAUGCAAUAGUUCAGGUACUUUUUUGUUUUGUCUUUUCAUUUCCAAUAAAUACUUGCUAUUUACCACCAA